UGUGAUAUAGCAUUUAGUAUUAUUAUUUUUACGUAAAAGUUUUAAAAUGGAAUGGGAUGAUAUUGUGUAUUUAUCAUUGUUGUUUAUUUCCAUCGGAUUUGGUUAUUUUUAUAGACAUAUCGAAAAUCCAGAACAAAAAAAAUGGAUAGGAACUGGUGUGGGUUUUAUUAUGGCUGUCUUUGUGUCUGGAAUCCAUAUACUUCAUCCAAUAAUAUGUGUUUUUAUAAAUGCAUUAAUUAUAUUGUUUAUUUCUAAACGGAUCUGUCAUAUUGUCAGCUUCGUAUACACAUUCGCACAUUUAUUAUUCUUCAGAACAACAAUUUAUUUUGGAAUACCAUAUCCACCCGCACACACUAAUUUAGUACAAAUGAUGCUUACAUUAAAGCUAGUAGGAUUAGCAUUCGAAUUAAAUACGGCUUAUAACGCAAAACAUACAAAACAAGAUGGAAAAGUUACAUUAAGCGAUGAUAAAAUCGAAUAUUUACAAAAACAACCAACUUUUGUAGAUAUUUGGCACUACGCUUUCAAUUAUGUUGGUGUUUUAACAGGACCGUAUUAUAAGUAUAGUACAUUUCACGAUUCAAUGCACAGUCCAUUUUCAAAAUUUGUAGACUGUAAUUCAGCGACCAUACAAAAAUUAAAAUGGGUUCCUUUGUAUGCUGUUUUGUUUUUAUUCCUCACAAGUAUUUGGCCUAUUUCGUAUGCAUUUGGUGAUGAGUUUUAUGAGAACAGAUCAUGGCUGUAUCGUUUGUGGUAUAUAACUCCCACAUUUUGUUGGUUUAGAAUGCGAAUUUACAUUGGUUUAACAUUGUCAGAAUGUGUUUGUACGAUGGCAGGAUUAGGAGCAUACCCUACAUUCACGGAGACAAAACCUGGUGAAGGACCAACUAAAGAAUUCGCUAAACUUAAAGAUUUGAUGAACAAUAAAGAGGAAGCCAAAAAGUAUCAAUAUGAUUUUACAACUAUUUACAAUAUUAAUCCAUAUGGAAGUGACUUCUGUACAACAUUCCGUGAAGGUAUGAAACAUUGGAAUAUCUGCAUUCAAUAUUGGCUUGCUGUAAACAUUUAUAAACGAUUCCCCAGCAAACAACUCAGAACGUUUGCAACCACUUUUAUAUCAGCACUUUGGCAUGGUGUUUAUAUAGGAUAUUAUUUUUGUAUUACUGGUGUGCCAUUUUAUUUAAUUGUUGAAGAUGCUUAUAUGAAAGUUGUGCGUAAGGACAUGACGGGAAGAAAAGCAGUUAUUUGGGAUUGGAUAUUAUACUUUUCAAAAAUGCAAGGUUUUGCAUAUUUAGGAUUUGCUUUUCAAUUAUUAUCAGUACAAAGAGUAAUGAGAUAUUACAACUCAAUUUAUCAUUCUGGUGAAAUUUUACUAUUAAUAUUAUACCUAAUUGUUCUGUACAUUAAAUCCCAAAAACGGCAAAAGGAAACCAAAUCAUCGUAAAAUUAGAAGUUGAAAUAAAUAGCUAUUUCAAGAGAAAAUAUAGAAUAAACGCACUACAUAAUAUUAAAAGGUACUAAGCAUUUAUUUUAAAUAAUGGGUAUCCUAAAAUUAACGCAUGAAGAAAUUUUCCUUGGCCAUUUUACAUGAAUAUUACUAAAUAGUGAUAAUACAGAUUUAAAUUCUAUUCUUCAAAGAGUGAUUGGUCGCAGACUUGUUGUCAGAAACCUCAGAUUUCAAAAUAACUCCAUAGAAAAGAAUCCAAUAAUACUAAACCCCAUGAUUUGGGCGAGCUGUCAUUGUCUAAUCUCUCUGAAUUUUUCAGAAUUUAUUUUUUAACGAAUAAUACGAAUAACGAAUACGAAAAUUGCGAGGUGUGACUGCUUAAUCUUUUUAAAUCUUAUCUAACAGUUAAAACGGGUUCUUUUUUCGUCGAGUCUUCCAUUUUAAAAAAACCUUAAAUUGCCAACUAUCAAGUGGACAACAUUCAAAUCUUGCGUUAAUUUUGAGACAUCCUUUUUUUAAUUAAUGAUAAUUGUUUUUAAAUCUGCCAAAAGG